AGCCAAUUCGGGAUGAUGACCCUUGAUACACAAUUGCAGAAAAUGCCCAAAAGAAAAACGGACAAUGCAUAUGUUUUGGACAAGAAGAAGCAUCUGGCAAGGCUGAAUACUAGCGAAGCAGGAAAGAUCCUCUUGAAGCGUGGCGAAGGGAAAGUGGAGAGGCAGUAUCGAAUGAAUUGUGUGGGCUGUGAGCUUUUUGUUUGCUAUCGUGCAGAAGAAGACCUGGAGUCUGCUUCGUACAUUUAUGUAGUUGAUGGUGCACUCAGUACAAUUGCUGCUGAAACUAAUCCACAGGAUGCUCCUGUUCCACCUUGCAUAUCCCAAUUAGAAGGGGGUCUUGUGCAAGUAGCCAUAGAAGUGGAAGACCGUGCACAACGUUCUGCAAUCACAAGAGUGAACGCUGAUGACGUCCGAGUUUCUGUAGCUGCAGUUGCUGCCCGAGGAGAAGCUAACAAUGAGCUUUUGGAAUUCAUGGGGAAGGUGCUGGGUCUAAAAUUAAGCCAGAUGACACUUCAACGAGGGUGGAAUAACAAAUCAAAGCUCCUGGUGGUAGAAGAUAUGACAGCUAGACAGGUCUACGAGAAGCUUCUCGAAGCAGCACAACCAUGAGAUACGCAUUUGAGGAAAACGUUUCGACUCAAUGGCUUGGCUACUUCUGCACGUUUUAGUAGACUUCUUCAACUGCACAUGUUUCUCUCUCUUGUCAUGUAACAUGUGUUUGUAAUUUGAGGAAUAUGUUGUUUCAAACCCAAGAGUUUUAGACAUGCCCCAAUCUGAUAACAGAGAACUAGGAAUUCUAUACAUU